UGCAUAUGCUAAGACUUUUAAUGUGUUAAUGGCAAAAGUUCAAAGUAUUUUCUCCAGCUGCAGUUUUCUUUCUAAAGAUUGUUAUUUGGCUGCCCGCCCCCUACUUCCACCCCACAAUCUCUAAACAGCUCUUAAACUAAAUUGCCCAAGAUCUGUGGGGGCAUUUGGAAAGAUACGACUCUUUCUCAUCAGCACUUUUGAUAUGAUUAUUUAUAGUUCUUCCUUUCCAGUAACACACCCGGGCUUAACCCUGAGCAACAACAACAACAACAGAAAGAAAAAGCAAAAGAGAAAGAAAGCCGAGAUUGUGGUGUGGGCAAAGGGUAGGCCCUCAGAUGUGGCUGUUCAAAAUGACUAGUUUUGAAUUUUGGUCUUUGCUUUUGUAAACCAAGUAUUCUUUCUUUCUCUUCCCCCACCCCCUUUAAAUUCAGACACUGCAAUCGUCAAUGUAGUCAAAUACAAGUUGUGCACUUGUGCGUGCAUGUGUGAUGUGUGUGUGUGUGUGCACACAUGUACUCGCACAGAUGGGGGUUGCCUUUGAAGGGAUGGCUUGCAGUUGUGGGAAAAAGAUGGUUUUCCUCAGUAGUGCUGGAAGAUUCUAGGCUCAAAAAUUGAUGGUGCUGUUGCUAAGUCAGGUGGCUGUGGCGGUCACUUGUGAUGCUUGGGGAGAUGAAACAGCUUACCCCCCACUUCUGUUUCAGAAUUGAUUAUCUUAAACUCAGCAGCCACCACGAAACUGCUUUGCAUUUUCCUUGCUUCUCAGCUGCAUUCCUGCCUGAAGUAUUCAGCCACGUAAUUGUUCUCUUCAGUGCGGGUCCUCUUCCUUGAUCAAUACACCUUUGACUGUUUCCAUCAUAGCAGAAAUCCUUCAAGUGGGUCUCCAGUCUUUUGUGUGUGUGUGUGUGUGUGUUGUAUGUUAGCUCUGAGAUUCAUAAUUGUUUCUUUCCCCACUGGUACUUUUCAGUUGGAGCACAAAUUAGUGUUGUACCUCAUCGCUCGUUCAAAAUAUGGGCGGGAUCCAUUUUUCAUGCCUCAUGCUAGAGAGGGCAACAGAAUGCCAGUUGCUAGGAAGAUCAAGGUUAUGGGCUGUGCUUUUAAAGUUAACCAUCUACCUCACCUCUGGCUGCAAGAACCGCCCUUUCAGCAGCACCCAGGCAGAUGACCAGUGUGGUUCAGGCAGUGUUUCUGAGUUGCAGGUGUUCUCCUGAAGCUGGAGUAGAAGGUGCAUCUUGUCCAUGUCCCCUGGAUUGUUCCAUGUUGGUGACAUGCUCAGGUCUGGCAAUCAGGCUUCUUUUGAGAAGGAUCACCUGUGAACAAUGUGUCAUUAUCUCCUUGGUGAUUUGGGACAUUGGUCUCUCUACAGAUAGAUGCAGACUAAAUGAAAUUGUUACCUAGGCUCUGUAUCAGAAUGCUAAGUGUGUUAAUUUUCAAAUUUAGACCCAAACUACCUUUCUCUCUCUUCUCUCUUGGGACUAGUUAAAGUCAGGGGACUCUCAGCUCCUGUCGUGUGCAAUAAUCUUUUCUUUUUCUGCCUAGUUCCUGUCUUGAGUUUUGUCCUCCCCUACACACCUGGAGCUCUCCCAAACAGGACUCCAUCUUACCCCAAGCUUCCAGGCUGGAGGCUGCCUUUCUGACACAGAGCACGGGACGCAGACAGCACAGCCUUCUCAGCUGUUUUCCUCUCUUGCCUUCCCAAUGGAAAAUUCCAGCCAUGUCCAUUGGUGAUGCGCCUAUUUUCUUCUUGCUGAACCCUGCUCUGCUGGGAUGGCACCUAGAGCGGUUGCUUAGCAUCUCCCUAAAGCAGCAUCUUGGAAUGCCUGAGACAUUCUAGCACUUGCCUAUAACAGCAGCUCUAUCUGCUUUUCCUUCUGCUUGGCUUGUGAAGUGUUAGGUUGACAGGGCCUGCUCUGUUGAACCUGUGUUCCAACGGGGAGGCAGAGAAGGUUCUGGGUGACAGACCUUCCUAGCUAAGGGGGGCCUGCCUUUCUCCUUUCUUAGCCCAGCUUUCCACUCAGCCUGCGUCCUUUAAAUAAUCCUUCCUCAUUCCACUCUCUGUGCUGAAGUGUAAUUAGUCACAGUUCAGAAGGAAGCCAUGCCUGGUGGGAUUGAGACUGCCCAGAGACCCUAGGGUCCUGAUGCCUGUGAUAAAGGCUGCUAGAAUCUGGCCAUGUUUUUCUACUUUGUAAUUUAACCGCUUGGCUGAAGAGGAAAUAAAAACCGAGCAGGAGGUGGUGGAGGGAAUGGAUAUCUCUACUCGCUCCAAAGAUCCUGUCUCUACAGAGAAAACGGCCCCGAAACGGAGGUUCCCCAGCCCUCCACAUUCCUCCAAUGGCCAUUCGCCCCAAGACUCAUCCACGAGCCCCAUUAAAAAGAAAAAGAAACCCGGCUUACUCAACAGUAGCAAUAAGGAACAGUCAGAGCUAAGACAUGGUCCGUUUUACUAUAUGAAGCAGCCACUCACCACAGACCCUGUUGAUGUUGUACCGCAGGACGGACGGAAUGACUUCUAUUGCUGGGUUUGUCACCGGGAAGGACAAGUCCUUUGCUGUGAGCUCUGUCCCCGGGUUUAUCACGCUAAGUGUCUGAGACUGACAUCGGAGCCAGAGGGGGACUGGUUUUGUCCUGAAUGUGAGAAGAUUACAGUAGCAGAAUGCAUCGAGACGCAGAGCAAAGCCAUGACCAUGCUGACCAUUGAACAACUGUCCUACCUGCUCAAGUUUGCCAUUCAGAAAAUGAAGCAGCCAGGGACGGAUGCAUUCCAGAAGCCUGUUCCAUUGGAGCAACACCCUGACUAUGCAGAAUAUAUUUUCCACCCCAUGGACCUUUGUACAUUGGAAAAGAAUGCAAAAAAGAAGAUGUACGGCUGCACAGAAGCCUUCCUGGCCGAUGCCAAGUGGAUCCUGCACAACUGCAUUAUUUAUAAUGGGGGAAAUCACAAGUUGACGCAAAUAGCAAAAGUCGUCAUCAAAAUCUGUGAGCACGAGAUGAAUGAAAUCGAAGUCUGUCCAGAAUGUUAUCUUGCAGCUUGCCAAAAACGAGACAACUGGUUCUGUGAGCCCUGUAGCAAUCCGCACCCUUUGGUCUGGGCAAAACUGAAAGGAUUUCCAUUCUGGCCAGCGAAAGCUCUGAGGGACAAAGACGGGCAGGUUGACGCCCGUUUCUUUGGACAACAUGACAGAGCCUGGGUUCCAGUCAAUAAUUGCUACCUCAUGUCUAAAGAAAUCCCCUUUUCUGUGAAAAAGACUAAAAGUAUCUUCAACAGCGCCAUGCAAGAGAUGGAAGUUUACGUGGAGAACAUACGGAGGAAGUUUGGGGUUUUUAAUUACUCCCCGUUCAGGACGCCCUACACGCCCAACAACCAGUACCAAAUGCUGCUGGAUCCCAGCAACCCCAGCGCGGGCACAGCCAAGACAGACAAACAGGAGAAGGUGAAGCUUAAUUUUGACAUGACAGCGUCCCCCAAGAUCCUUCUGAGCAAGCCCCUUCUGAGCGGGGGUGCCGGCCGCAGGAUCUCCCUGUCCGACAUGCCUCGCUCCCCCACCAGUACGAACUCUUCCGUGCACACGGGCUCCGAUGUGGAGCAGGACCCCGAGAAGAAGGCCCCGUCCAGCCACUUCAGCGCAAGCGAGGAGUCCAUGGACUUCCUUGAUAAGAGCACAGCUUCUCCAGCCUCCACCAAGACGGGGCAAGCCGGGAGCUUGUCUGGCAGCCCAAAGCCUUUCUCUCCGCAAGCGCCGACACCCAUCAUGACAAAACCCGACAAGACUUCCACCUCCACCACCGGGAGCAUCCUGAACCUGAACUUGGAUCGAAGCAAGGCCGAGAUGGACCUGAAGGAGCUGAGCGAGUCGGUCCAGCAGCAGUCAGCCCCCGUCCCUCUCAUCUCUCCCAAGCGGCAGAUUCGAAGCCGGUUCCAGCUCAACCUGGACAAGACCAUAGAGAGUUGCAAAGCACAGCUAGGCAUAAAUGAGAUCUCAGAGGAUGUUUAUACAGCCGUGGAGCACAGCGAUUCCGAGGACUCCGAAAAGUCGGAGAGCAGCGACAGCGAGUACGUCAGCGAUGAGGAACAGAAGCCCAAGAAUGAGCCCGAGGACCCCGAGGACAAAGAGGGGAGUCGGGUGGACAAAGAGGCCCCUGCCAUCAAAAGGAAGCCCAAACCCACAAACCAGGUAGAGGUCAAAGAGGAAGCGAAGAGCAACUCUCCUGUCAGCGAGAAGCCGGACCCCACACCCGCCAAGGACAAGGCCAGCCCAGAGCCUGAGAAGGACUUUGUAGAGAAAGCAAAGCCAUCACCUCAUCCCACAAAGGACAAACUGAAAGGAAAGGAUGAAACGGAUUCUCCCACAGUGCACUUGGGCUUGGAUUCGGACUCGGAGAGCGAACUUGUCAUAGACUUAGGAGAGGAUCCUUCUGGGAGGGAGGGUCGAAAAAACAAGAAAGAUCCCAAGGUGCCGUCGCCUAAGCAAGACGCUAUAGGUAAACCGCCACCGUCGUCCACUUCGGCGGGCAACCAGUCUCCCCCAGAGACACCGGUACUCACCCGCUCAGCCACCCAAGCACCCGCGGCUGGGGUCACCGUGGCCGCCGCCACCACCAGCACGAUGUCUACCGUCACAGUCACGGCACCGGCCACCGCCGUCACGGGAAGCCCGGUGAAGAAGCAGAGGCCGCUCUUACCGAAGGAGACUGUCCCAGCUGUGCAGCGGGUCGUGUGGAACGCAUCAAGUAAGUUUCAAACGUCCUCCCAAAAGUGGCACAUGCAGAAGAUACAGCGCCAGCAGCAGCAGCAGCAACAACAACAGCAGAGCCAACAGCAGAGCCAGCAGCAGCAGCCUCAGUCUUCCCAGGGGACGAGAUAUCAGACCAGACAGGCUGUGAAAGCUGUCCAGCAGAAGGAGGUCACCCAGAGCCCAUCCACGUCCACCAUCACGCUGGUGACCAGCACACAGCCGGCAGCCCUGGUCAGCAGUUCGGGCUCAGCAAGCACCCUGGCGUCUGCAAUCAAUGCCGACCUUCCCAUUGCCACCGCCUCGGCCGACGUGGCCGCAGACAUUGCCAAGUACACCAGCAAAAUGAUGGAUGCCAUAAAGGGGACGAUGACAGAAAUCUACAAUGACCUCUCCAAGAACACCACUGGGAGCACAAUAGCUGAGAUUCGAAGGCUGAGGAUUGAGAUUGAGAAACUGCAGUGGCUGCACCAGCAGGAGCUCGCUGAGAUGAAGCACAACCUGGAGUUGACCAUGGCCGAGAUGCGGCAGAGCCUGGAACAGGAGCGGGAUCGGCUCAUUGCCGAGGUGAAAAAGCAACUGGAGCUGGAGAAGCAGCAGGCGGUGGACGAGACCAAGAAGAAGCAGUGGUGUGCCAACUGCAAGAAGGAGGCCAUUUUCUACUGCUGCUGGAACACCAGCUACUGUGACUACCCCUGUCAGCAGGCCCACUGGCCCGAGCACAUGAAGUCCUGUACCCAGUCGGCGACUGCCCCUCAGCAGGAAGCAGAUGCCGAGGCAAGCACAGAAACAGGAAAUAAGUCAUCGCAGGGCAACUCCUCCAACACACAGUCAGCACCUUCAGAACCGGCCAGCGCCCCCAAAGAGAAAGAGGCGCCAGCGGAGAAGAGCAAGGACAGUAGUAACUCGACCCUGGAUCUUUCCGGCUCCAGAGAGACGCCCUCCUCUAUGCUCUUAGGCUCCAAUCAAAGCUCUGUUAGCAAGAGGUGUGACAAGCAGCCUGCCUAUACCCCAACCACUACAGACCACCAGCCGCACCCCAACUACCCAGCCCAGAAGUACCAUUCCCGGAGCAGCAAGGCAGGUUUGUGGAGCAGCAGCGAGGAGAAGCGAGCGUCAUCCCGCUCUGAGCACAGUGGAGGGACCAGCACGAAGAACCUCAUGCCCAAAGAGUCCCGGGAGUCUCGGCUAGAUGCCUUCUGGGACUAGGGGUGCAUUGUGAGCCAGAACACCUCCCUAUAGGCGGGAGAAACAGCCCAAACCACAGGAAGCAACAGAAACUGGAGAACCGCCACCUUUAGAAUUUCCAACACUCAGGCUCUGCCCGUCGGCUUGGCUGCAGGACAGAGACUUGACUCCAUCCCAGCUCUGGUCUUGGCUGGGAUGGCACUACCCUGUGAGCCAAACACUUUAGGUGUAAGUAGGUACACUUGUGACGUCACUGACCUAGCGUACCUUUCCUUUUCAUAUCUACACUGACCUUAACUUAUAAAAAAAACAGAAAAGAAAAGCAAGUUUUAUAUAUAUACAUAUAUAUAUAAAGAUCUACAAUUAAAAGAAUGUUUUGAUAAUCCAGGGGCUGGUUAGUGAGCCCGCUGGCCUCACUGGGGUGUCAGGGCUGGGCCCAGGGAUUGCUAUUUUCACGUAGGCCCUUGUCCUUGGAUACCCAGGGGAGGGAGCCACUGUCGCCGCAGCACACCAGGAUUGGGGCUCUCAGGCUGUGCUGCCCUAGACCCGCCACACCAAGCCAUCCGCCCCUCACAGACCCUACAAGACGAUGUUAGGAAACACAUGCUUGCUGGCCUUGAAGGACACAGAGAGAAGUAUGUGUGUGUGGUGUGUUUCCAGCUCUGGCUCCCGAAGGGGCAAAGCAGCCUCCUGUUUACAGAAGGUCCACGCGAGCUAUCCCCGUGGCGUUACGAAUGCAGCCAGCGCCCGGCGUUUGUGCAGGGGUGUCGGGAACGAACGCAGCCAGCGGGCAUCUGUGCGUGCGAGGAGACCCCUUCUCUCGGCCAAGUUUUUUCCCAUAACACCCACAUGGAUUUGUGAAGACGUGCUUCUCAGAAGCAAGGACUCAAAAAGCAAAGGUGCACGGCGAGGCCACGAAGCCCACGCCAGCCCGGGGAUGGAGCAUGUAUGUAUUAUUUAUCUGCUGGAGUUCUACGUUUUUAUGUAAGCAUGAAACACAGGCAGUGUGAGAGAAAGCCAGGACCCGACAUGCUGUCCGUUAACGCUACGUCUGCUGUAGUUCCAUUUUGUAUGUUGUGUAAAGCGAGCAUCGAUCGAAGCAAAAGGUGAUGUGUGUAUAUCAGAAAAAAGAAAUUAACUGUAUAUCAUUCCAGUACAUUCCGUUGUACAUUUUAGUCUCCGUUUACUUUCUCUUCAUUGUUGAUAAGAGAAUGCCAAGCUGCGCGUUGUUCAGGCAGUUUACCCCUACUAGAGAAGAAAGGAAGAAACGCUAGAAGAAAACAGGAGAGAGAGAAAAUUUGUGAAUUGCGGUCGUCAAAACAAAACAAAACAAACAAAAAAAAACAAUCUAGCCUAGCUGGCCUUAUUUGGGAAGCGUAACUGCUUUUAGCAUAUGGGAGUAUUUUUUCACAUUUUCUUUGUAUAAAAUUUGUAUUAAACUUAAAUAUCUUUUUUGA